AUGGCUAAACGACAGGCUACAGAGCAGAUAACGAAAGAUGCUUUUCAUGGAGAUUUUGAUGAAAAUGAAGAUAACGGAAAUUUACCAGUUAAAGCAUCUUCUCAAGUACUAUCUACUAGGAAAAUCUUAAAACCUAGAAGUAAAUUAGGUGGUGACCAGAAUGGAACAGCUUCACCAACUCCUUUCAAAAUACAACAAAAUACAUUCAGUUUUAAUCCACCCACAAAACCAACUCGAACAACUAAUGAAAAAGACUAUAAAAUCAAAGCAUUAAAUGAAAAUUUUAUACAAAAGAUUAAUGAAUUGAACAAAGUAAAUACUAUCACAAACUUCACUAAAAUUGCUGAAAAAUACAUAGCUUAUUAUAAAGAAAUUGAUGUUGGGAAAGAAAAUCAAUUUCAACAAUCAACAUUUCAAUCUCAACAAGCAUCUCAACCUUCAAUUAAUCCACCAAAAGAAAUACCAAUAGCUGAAUCACAUAAUAAUAAAUCAGAAUCAGAAAGCGAAGACGACAACAAAGAAAUAAAGAUUCAAGGUCCUACAUUCACAUUCAACAAAUCCACUACAACAAAAUCUCCUUUUACAUUUGAUCCAAAAAAGAUUGCAAAAAUAAAUGCCCCAGAUUCAGAUGAAUCAGAAGAUGAAGUGGAAAUUAAAGGACCAACAUUCAAUUUUAAUAAAGAAAUCAAAGACAAUGUAUUCAAAUUUCCAACUAACUCAACAAAUUCUACCUCAUUUUUCAAUUCAAACUCAACUAAUAGCGUUAAUAAUCAAACUACUACUACAACUACUUUUAAUUUUAAUUCUACUCAACCAAAACCAGCAACAACAACAACAACUACUACUCCAUUCAAUUUUGGAACAAAUAAUGCUUCAUCACCUGGUAAUAAUAAACCAACCGAAGUUGAAAGCUCAGCAAAACCAGUCAUUUCAUUCAACUCAUCCAGCAACACUACUGAACCAAAUAAACCAUUUACUUUUGGUUCAACAGAUAAUUCUAACAGUGCAUUUUCAUUUACAUCAUCCAAUAAACCAACUACGGCGUUUGCGAACUCAACUAAUGAAUCAAAUAAAGGAUUCUCAUUUGGUGCAACUAAUAAGUCAACUGAUGCUACUAAAGAUUUUUCCUUUGGCUCAGUAGCGAAACCAACCACAGUCAAUGAAGAAUCAAAUAAACCAAGUACUGGAUUUUCAUUUAAACCAGCUGAAACAAAUAAAGGAUUUUCAUUUAAACCAGCUGAAACAAAUAAAGGAUUUUCAUUUGGAUCUACAAACGGUGCAGCCAUUGACUUAACAAAAAAAAAUGAUAAUCCGUCGGACUCUGCCAAAGGAUUUUCAUUUGGUUCAUCGUCAUCUACGAUUCCCAAACAAGAUGAAUCAAACAAUGGAGUCUCAUUUGGCUCAACAGAUAAACAAUCUUCAUUGUUCGGAUCAAACUCAUAUUCUUCUACUCCUUUUUCAUUUGGAUCAACUUCUGCAACUACUAAACCAUCUUUUAAUUUUGCUUCUAAACCAGCUAGUAAUGAUACAUCAACAUCAAGCAACAAUUUUUCUUUUGGAUCCAAUAAUAAAAAUCCAUUUGGAGGUAUAAGUUCUACUACUGAAGCUUCCAAAGAGAAAGAUGAUGAUGCUACUGCUGCUGAAGAAGAACCAGAAGUUGUUGGGAAUUUCACACCAGUAACUCAAAUGAAUGAAAAACAAGAAGUUCAGUCUGGUGAAGAAAAUGAAGAGAUUAAAUAUACAAUAAGAGCAAAAUUAUUGGAAUUUGAUGCAAACAAUUCCGACCCUUACAAUAAUAAAGGUUUGGGUGAUUUGAAAAUAUUACAUAAUAAAACUACUGAUAAAUCUAGAAUUUUGAUUAGAGCCGAAGGAAGUUUAAGAAUUUUAUUAAAUACUUUAAUAUCAAAAGAUAUAAAGUAUGACGCAAUGGGUAAUGGAUCUUUAAUAAGAGUUCCAGUUUUUGAGAAUGGGAAAGUUGUUACAUAUGUUAUAAAAGUAAAGACUGCAGAUGAUGGAAAAACUCUAUUAAAUACUAUUAAUGAAUCUAAAUAA